AUGAUCAAGGUUGUUUGCAACGGCUAUCUGGGGAAGAAGGUCCGCAUUAAAUGCAACACCAAAGACACCACUGGGGACCUUAAGAAGCUGAUUGCAGCCCAAACUGGCACCUGUUGGAACAAGAUUGUCCUUAAGAAGUGGUAUACGAUUUUUAAGGACCAUGUGUCUCUAGGGCACUAUGAAACCCAUGGUGGGAUCAACUUGGAGCUUUAUUACCGGUAG